GAAAGUUAUAAUGCAGUUGAACCUCAGGACCUGUCACCUGAUUUGAGCAAAAUUGGCAUAAGUUUGACUGCAUUUCCAAGAAGCUACAGUGGUGUGGGUUUGAUUUCAGUAUGUUUGUGUACAACCAUCUUGUUUCAAAUUAUCACAAGCCUUGGUCCUUCAAAAGAGGGAUCCUGACAUAGAGGGUUGCAUGACAAAUACACAAUACUCGAAUGCAUUUUAUGGUGGCAGCCUUGCAGGCGCUGAACUAUUGGCCCUUUGUAUUCAAACUUCUGAAGAACCUGAGCUUCACCAAGCAAAAGAAGUUUACUCUGAUCAUCAUCAAAUAAGCAAACAAUUGCUGGAGGAAAGGACCAAAACAGCUCUCAUUCAGUGUAAGAUAAUUCUGGUGUACAAUUGUGCUCUCAGCAGGUGGGGUGUCCCAAUAUCUUGCUACUUGUAUGGAAAUUUACCAAUUUCAAGGCGUGUGACCAGAGUAGAGUAGCCUAUGGACUUCCUUUUUCCAGCUUAGGCAUAGCCCAACUCAUCCAGUGCUUCUGCUAAGACUACUUACAGAAGCGUCUUUGUUCUUCAACAUCAGUGUUGCUACAGAUUUGCUAGCCACAACAAACUUAAAGGAUUACAGGGAAGCAGAUGCACUUCUUGCAGUCUUAGUAAUGAACAAUGAUUCUGGAU